CAGUUUCGACUUCACUAGCAUGAUUUCUCUGCUCCACCUGAAUCAUGGUUGCCAACUUGACUGUUCUGAUCCAUGUUAGCAUAUUAUUUCUGGGAAAUUGCUUUCCAUGAGGAAAAUGAGAGGUUCACUCAUUGCCGUCUCCUCUUCUUUCUUAUAUGCCAUACUUUCUCAUAGGCAUUUUAGUGUUGCUAGGAUUUGCAGAUGCCUGUAUCCAAUUUAUGGGAAUCAUAGGCCGGCUUGCUGCGUCUCUGGCUCCUUUUCGAACAACUUAUCUACGCUAAAUGCAUCUUCGAGUCUUCCAAAUAGGUUGAUGCUAUUUUCAACGAUGGCUGGUACAAUCUUGGUCCAGGCUCGAGACCCUGCCAAACUAAAUAUGGAAAUACUCGAUGCAAUUGAAGAGCGAAGAUAUAACGAUACGUGGAAGCUUUUUGAACAGCAUAUGCACAUAGAAGGGUUUCCCCGAAAAUCCGUUGUGAACAGACUUCUGACGGGUUUUGCAGAAAGCCUUGAUGUUAUAUGGCUUGAGAAAGCAUUUGGGACGGUAGAACAAGCCUUUCGGGAGAGUAAGCAGAACCUGUUGGAGAAGGAAUCUCUGAUUUAUCUUUCUCUUGCUCUUGCUAAAUGCAGUUUGCCGGUUCCUGCGUCAACCAUUCUGAGGAAAUUGGUAGAAACAGAACAAUUUCCGCCUGUAACUGCAUGGUCAGCCAUCUUGGCACACAUGUCACAAACGGCUCCCGGUGCUUACCUAGCUGCUGAAUUGAUUCUUGAGAUGGGUUAUUUGUUCCAGGAUGGAAGGGUGGACCCUCGUAAAAAGAGUAAUGCGCCUUUGAUUGCUAUGAAGCCUAAUACUACUGCUUUCAACAUUGCUUUGGCCGGGUGCCUCUUGUUCAGGACAACAAGAAAAGCAGAGCAACUCCUCGGUAUGAUGCCUCGAAUUGGUGUAAAAACUGAUGCAAACUUGCUGAUUAUGAUGGCACACAUAUAUGAAAGAAAUGGGCUAAGAGAAGAGUUGAGGAAACUUCAGAGGCACAUCGAUGAAGCUUGCAACUUAACUGAUAUUCAGUUCCGACAGUUUUAUAAUUGUUUGCUUACAUGCCAUUUAAAAUUUGGUGAUCUUGAUUCUGCCACCAAUAUGGUGUUGGAAAUGCUACAGAAAGCAAAGGAAGCGCGGAAUUCUCUUGCUGCUGCUACGCUUGUGCUUGAAGCUGCUGGAAAUGAUAACAUAGCCUUUACUGCACAUAAUUCCGGGCCAAAUCCAAGCCAAAACGGACCUGAUGACUCGCGUAAUAACAGUUUGAUGGAGCAUCAGAUUAUAUCAUAUGAGGAGUUCUCUAGAGAUAGAAAUUUUGUUAAACUCGGAAAUGAGGCCAAGGAAGUACUUCUCAAUUUACUAUCCAAGUUGCAGACACAAGUUGAAUUGAUUACUACUGCAUAUGGCAUUCUACAACCAACAGAAAAAAUUUAUGUGAAAUUGGUUAAGGCUUUUCUUGAAGCAGGGAAGCUGCGAGAUUUGGCUCGGUUUCUUAUCAAGGCAGAGAGAGAAGAUUCUCCGGUUUCCAAUGAUGACUCGGCGUUGGUUCAUGUUAUCAAGUCGUGUAUUUCACUUGGGUGGUUAGAUCAAGCACAUGACCUCUUGGAUGAGAUGCGUUUUGCUGGGGUUAGAACCGGUUCUUCUGUAUAUGCCUCCCUCUUAAAAGCAUAUUGUAAAGUAAACCGCCCAUGCGAAGUGACAUCACUUUUACGAGACGCUCAGAAGGCUGGGGUCCAACUAGAUUCUAACUGCUACAACGCAUUGAUACAAUCCCGGGUGCUUCAACAGGAUACAGAAGGUGCUCUCGGUCUAUUCAAGGAGAUGAAAGAGGCUAAGAUACCCAGAGAUGGCAACGCCGAAUUUGAGCGGUUGGUUGAGGGAUGUGCCGGCAAUGGUGAAGCAGGGUUAAUGGCAAAGCUUUUGCGAGAAAUCAGGGAAGGCCAGAAACUGGACAGCGGAGUACACGACUGGAAUAAUGUAAUCCAUUUCUUCUGUAAGAAAAGGUUAAUGGUAGAUGCCGAAAAAGCUCUGGCGAAAAUGAGGAGCCUGGGGCAUACACCGAAUGCUCAAACCUUCCAUUCUAUGGUCACUGGAUACGCCGCUAUUGGAGGAAAAUACAUUGAGGUAACCGAACUCUGGGGUGAAAUGAAAUCACUUGCUUCUUCCACCCCAAUGAAGUUUGAUCAGGAACUUCUGGAUUCUUAUCUAUAUACCUUUGUAAGGGGAGGCUUUUUCGUUCGAGCUAACGAAGUUGUCGACAUGAUGGAAAAAGGAGACAUGUUCAUCGACAAGUACAAGUAUCGAACCCUGUUCUUGAAGUACCAUAAAACACUUUAUAAGGGAAAGGCUCCUAAAUUCCAGACAGAAUCCCAGCUAAAGAAGAGGGAAGCUGCAUUGAGUUUCAAGAAGUGGGUUGGUUUAUGUUAAACGAGAUUCAUUUGGUAACUACUUAUAAGUUGGAGCUGCAACUGCAAUCACGAUUUCUGGAUUCCUAUUCGAAGAGUGCAUAACCGCAUUGAUAAAGCUCACACUAACCCGUCAAUUUAGGAUCUAAUUCGGGAUUUUCCUUGGGGGUAUCUGUAAUGAAUUGGAAUGUAAUAAUAUUAAUUCAUAUAUAUACAGAGGAAAAGAUUCUCUAGUGAUUCAAAUGUUUACCUAUGGGAUAGGGAUAGGGAUAGAG